GAGCACUAUGUAUAAGUAUCUACUGUCAUCAUCUGUUCCGUGGGAUUAUGUUAUGUCGUGUGUAGCAGCAGAGAUUCAUAUAUCAUAGUAAAGGAAGUACCGUGUUCGUAAUUUGCGAACAACAAAUGGCUAACGCAUUAGAUGCUGUCGAUUGGGAAGAUCUUAGAAGGCAAGCAAGACACCUGGAAAAUGAGAUUGAUGCAAAACUGGUAGCAUUCAGUAAGCUUGGUGUCAAUAGUGGAUCCAAGCUUGUUAAUGCAGAUGAAGAACCUCUUUUAGAUGAAGAACAUGUCUUUGAUAAUAUGGCGUCUGAAAUAGAAGCAUUAUUGGCUAAGUUGUUUUCUAUAAAUGAGAGAAUGAGCAAAUUACAACCAAACGGUGCUGCAAUGUUGCAUACAAUGCAACGCCAUAAAGAUAUAUUGAAAGAUUAUAAAUUGGAAUUCAACAAAAUUAGAAAUAAUUUUGAUGCAAGAAGAGAUAGAGAAGAUUUACUAGGUAGUGUCCGUAAAGAAAUCGAUAACUACAAAAGUGUAAGUGGACUGAAUCGUCGGGAAAUGUAUAUGAAAGAAAAUCAACACAUUCACAAUUCGGAUCAUUUGCUUAAUGAUCAAAUAAGCAUAGCAAUGGAAACGCGAGAUCAUCUGAUGACUCAAAGGCAAACGUUCAAACGUAUACAGACCAGGCUAAAUGACAUUUCAAAUCGAUUUCCAGCAGUAAAUAGUCUAGUGCAAAGGAUAAAUUUACGUAAAAGACGCGAUUCACUUAUAGUCGGCCUUAUUAUCGGAUUUUGCACGUUUCUCAUGCUGCUCUAUGCUUUUCACUAAGUAAUAUCCAAUACCAAAGUACUUCCACCUGUUAGUGAUACAUCAAUGGGAAUGCAUAUAUGUAGAUGAGGUAUUUGGUGAUAUAUUUACGAUAUAUAAACGGAUAGAGAAUUGAAAUUGAAAAAUGCGUGAUUGUGCGUGAUUUGAACAUGCGUAAGUGAACUCUGAAUGGUCGAAUGAAUGUUUUUUCGUUCUUGCGAGUUAAGAAAGUAAAAGAAAAGAAAGAAGAAAAUGUUAAAUUGUACAGUUUUUUUAUACGUAACAUAAGUCGUGGGUGAUACUAUGUAAAAAGAUUAAGUCCACGAUCAAUGUGUUAAUUUAAUAAACAUUAAAACAAAUGGUGAAGAUUUUAUGUAUUUACAGAAUCAUUUGUAUUUUUUUGUUUCAAUUUCCUAUAUACACGACUAUACAAGUGUUAUUUUGGACACAGCUUUGCUUUACACCUUUGAGUAAAGACUGUAAAAUACCAUGCAUGUAUAAAAAACCAAACUUUCAAAAUUUUGCUACUGUUCUUUAUAUGUUAAAAAAAACAAAACCAUGAUUUACUAUUCGCAGUGCAGUAGACUGAUAUUUAUAUAAGACUUUUUAUUUACUAUUAGUAUAAUUCGAUGCAAGUACUGAGUCUGUGCUUGCAAGAGGAAACAAUUUACAUAUUUCUUUCUUAUGGAAAUCCAUUGUAUUUUAUACGCCUAUGAAUCAAUGUAUUCUCGGAUGCUUUCUCGCGGUACAACAUAUAUGUUUCAAAGCAAUGGAGACAAAGAUGCACAAUGAUUACUACUUAAGAAAUUAUACAACAAUGGAGGAAAAUAACAUUAAUGCAAAUAUUGUAAUUAAUAAGUGUGUAGUUUCGGCAUUAUCAUUCGAAAGAUCGAUUUUCGUUAACAUUACAUUUUUUCUUCAUUUUUUACUAAUAGGUAUUAAUUUUACUUACACAGAAAACAUUUAUACAUGUAUAUAUACACACACACGUACAUAUAUAUAUGUAUAUAUGUAUAGCAUCAUUAGAAUCUCUCAUUCGAGUUCACAAAACACAGCACGUUACGAAAGGAAUCACGUUGCUUUCGGCAAGUGCAGUGCCUGGUUUCCACGUAUACUAGAUACCACAUUUAUAAAUUACACCUUGUCUGUAAUAGGAACUCAAGCAAGAAUUGUAAAAAUAUCGAAUAUAAGAUGAUAGAUUGUGAGAUCCAUCUUACUUAGCUAUCGAAACUCGUCCAGGCGUACAAAUAAACAACAGACAUCUACUCAAUAUACAUGCGAAUCGCAUGACUACUUUAUGAUUUUUGAAUAUAAAUAUACUGCCGUACGUAUCGUUUGAAUCUAACUUUUGUUUUAAUGUUGACUACUUAUAAAUGGAGAAUUAUUGGGAGACGAGGUUAUACAUUGUUUCCCAAACGCAACUUUUUAAAUUAUGCAUCUAUUAUUGUAACUGAUAUUGCUAUAUCACUGUGUCUAAUAUGAUAAAAAAUAAAAAACUAUAUUUUGUGAAAUACAGUACGAAAGACGAAUUUUUAUAAAAACGAACAAGGAUUACACUACCUUGGCACUUACUUCAUAAAUAAUAAAUGUUAGUUUUAACAUAAAAUUGACAAGAUAGAAAAAUUCUCAUUUAUUACCUCGUCCCUCUAUUCCCUAUAGUAAUAGUAGCAGUGGGAUACUAGUACUAAUAAUAGUAGCAGUAGUGUAAUAAUAUUAAUGGUAGCAGUAGCAAUGGUCAUUAAUUAACUAUCCGAUCAAUUUAACGAUUAAAGAAAAGAACUGGAACAGUUGCGUAUACAUCUGUGUAUAUUCCAACGAGAAUCGAUUGCUUGUUGCACUGCUUUUCUGAUAUAGUUCUAAUACUAUUUUAUAUCUUUUCUUCCGGGUUUUACUUACUCCCGUUCCAUUAAUCAGUCACGAUAUAUAUGCAAGUAAGUAAACCUUUACCUAUCACUAAGAUUUUACAUAAUCGAUUCUCGCUGAAUGUUUAAAUUUGUUCUUCAAGAUAUGAUUAGCGUAAAAUACGGUUCCGUAAGUCGUAUGCAUCGCUAUGGUUUAAUUUUACGUUUCCACAUAAGAUUCUAGCUUCUCUCCACAUUCGAUAUAAUUCUUCAUGGUAGAUGCAACAUAAAACUAUUGUAUUGAUUAAAAUUCUUCUACAGCAUAAUGCAAUCGAAAAAGAGAGAGAGAGA